GAGAAAAAAAAAAUAAUUAAAACCGAAGCACCAAAGAAAGGCUCAGCUUCUUCUUCUCCGCCUCGACCGCUCAAAGCUCCUCCGCCGUCUGGGACCUUGGCACUCCUGCUCGGUCCCUCUCCCCCUUCGAAUCUCUGAGCUCGAGGACUGGAGGGAGGAGGUGCUGGAUCGACCGGUCGCUAAAUUUCCAUGAAAAAGGCGCGGUCUUGGGACGGCCGUCGUGAGCAGAGCCGACCACUGCGGUUUCCCGAGAGUCGGAGGGGUCUCGCUGGCGGCGGGGGUUUCUGAAUUUCCCCGCUCUUUGGUUGUUUUUUUGUUCUUGUAUUUUUAGCUCUCAGAUUGGUGCUGAGGGGGAUUUCGGAAGACAUGGCAGGGUUCUGCUGCUUUGGUGCUGGUUGCUCUGAGUUCUCAGGGCAUGCAUCAACCAGCUCUGGUAAAGGGAAAGGUUGUCAAGGCCAAGUGAAGGUAAGCUAUGGAUUUCACCUCGUCAGAGGGAUGACGAAUCAUCCGAUGGAGGAUUAUCAUGUCGCGGAACUUGCGGAAGCAAAAGGAAAUGAAGUUGGUCUUUUUGCUAUUUUUGAUGGCCAUCUAGGAGAUACUGUUCCUGCAUACUUACAGAAGAACUUGUUUUCAAACAUUUUGAAUGAGGAGGAGUUUUGGACACACCCAGAUAGUGCAAUUAUAAAAGCUUAUGAAAAGACAGACCAGGCUAUCCUGUCACAUACUCCAGAUUUGGGACAAGGUGGCUCAACUGCUGUAACCGCCAUUCUUUUGAAUGGCAGGAAGUUGUGGGUUGCAAAUGUUGGUGAUUCACGAGCUGUUCUUUUGAAAGGUGGUAGGGUAAUACAGAUGUCGACCGAUCAUGAUCCGAAUGUUGAGCGUAGUGCUAUUGAAAAUAGGGGUGGCUUUGUUUCAAACAUGCCAGGAGAUGUUCCCAGAGUCUGUGGCCAGUUGGCUGUCUCAAGAGCUUUUGGCGACAGGAAUCUAAAAUCACUCUUGAAAUCAGAGCCCGAUAUCAAAGUUGAAGAUAUAGAUUACACUGCUGAGCUACUUGUCCUUGCGAGCGAUGGACUUUGGAAGGUAAUGAACAACCAGGAGGUUGUUGAUGUGGCCAAAAGGUUCAAGGAUCCGCAAGCAGCUGCGAAGCAAUUAACAGUUGAGGCCCUAAAAAAAGAUAGCAAAGACGACAUAUCAUGUGUUGUUGUUCGGUUCAGGAUGUAAUUGGUUGCAGGCAACUCGUGAAGAAUUGGAUUGUCAUCGAGGGCACAACAGAUUUAUACAGCAAAACAUAGGCUGCCUGAGAAGAUAGUGCCAACUCAAAAAAAAAAAAUCCCUGGGAUGUUGGUUGUAAAUGAUGUGUUGGCUCCAUUGUAAGUUAAUAUAUAUAAAUGGGCUAGAAUUCUUUGUUUGGCGAUUCAAAGGUACAUGUGUGAGGCGGAUAGCUGUCUAAAAUAGCUAUUAUCUUCUGUAAAUAAUGGUUGCAGAUAUUUGGAAGUUUACCUUGCUCCAUGUGUUUGUAGUGAGUGCCAUUUGGAUUAUGUUGGCCUAUUGCUUUGUAUUGAAUUGGCCCUCAGAUCAAAUCUUUGAUACAAA